GGUACUACUUUUCAUAGCAUGUUAUAGUUCUUUCCUAAUUAGUCGCUUACUUUUCCUUUUAGAAAAGAAUAGAACUACAGUAUUGUUAGUAAACAAAAGGAAAUGUCAAAUGAAUAACAAUCAGUAUCAUGUAUUACAGCUUUUAGAUGUCUGUGAGUUUUUUUUAAAAAUGUUUUACACACAUGUUCUUCUGGACAAGCAUGGGAUCCUGGCCAAGAUAUGGAUAGCAGCUCACUGGCACAAGAAAUUGACCAAGAGUAAUAUAUUUGAAUGCAACCUUGAAAUGGCCAUCAGAAAUAUCCUGUCUGCAAAGACGGUGAUGUCCUUGAGAAUAUCAGGACAUUUACUUCUUGGAGUAGUGCGAGUAUAUAACCGAAAGACAAAAUAUCUGCUGGCCGACUGCAAUGAAUCUCUGCUCAAAAUGAAGCUAGCCUUCCGUCCAGAAAUGUUAGAUCUCUCCGAUGGCAAUCGGGAAGCUAAGUAUGAUGACAUCACUUUUCAAGAAGCAUUUCAUGAUUUUGAUGAUCAUCUGCCUGAUUUAAAUACCAUUGAUGUGGUGGAUCAUUUCACAUUGAACCAAAGCCGAGCAGAGGACAUCACCAUGAAAGAGGAUAUUAGCAAGCAACCUACUCAAGAAAGUUUUGGAAACUUGGAUCCACUGAGACAGGACAUUACUAUGGAUGACAGUUUUGAAGUAAGCACCGAUAGUGUUCUGCCUGAGAGCAGUUUUGUGGGUGCGAAUGAUGAUGGCGACGGAUUUUUUAACCAAGAAUUCUUUGGAGAUGAAGACACAGCUGCCAAUUUUUUUGCUGACAGUCAUUUGUUUGCAGAAUACAAUGACCUGAAUAUAGAUAUGAGUAAAGAGGUGACUAUGCCACUCGGCUCGCCGGGCCAAGAUCAGCAGUUUACGAGUGAUCUUUCUGCACGUAUGUAUACCCAACCAUUUGUCAGCCUGUGCCUAUUUCUAGUAAUGUGCAUUGUUUUGUCAGCAGCUGAUUUAGGUAACACAGAGCCAGAAAUGCCUGGUUUAGGUAACAUGGAACUGGAAACGGCAAUGGAAAAUCUGGACGCUGGAAAUAGCAGCUCGCUUCAGUCUGAAGUUAGCUUUGUACUGGAACCAGUGGAUGUUACAGAAAUUGAAAAGAGAAAGAGAACAAGAAAAAAAAGGAAUCUUAUGGUGGAUGACUUAAAGCAGAUUUCAAGCAACUUCUUCCGCCAGCAACUGGAAGACACGUCAGAUACCCUGACCACCUCGGAUAUUGCUCCCCCCACACGCUGCAUGAUGGAGUGGAAGAAAACUGGAGGGGUUCCAUGGCUGCUGUCUGAGCCGGCUCAGCCAAUAAUCAGUGCUGACCUUCAAUUGCUGUUUACACAAAACCAGAGAUCAGACUCUAGAAAUAAGAAGCAGUCGGCUGCUACUAAAAAAGCAGAAGAAACACCAGCAGAACCUGAAGUUGAAACACAUCAGCAAUAUCAAGAGGAGCAGGAUCUACCACAGCUUGAGGCUGCUGCAGUGACAGAUGUCAGCUCCAACUACACUGAAGGGCCCUCAGAAAUGCCUGAAUUGCCAAGCAGUGACCACCAGACAGUUGACCAAGAGAGCAGCCUGGUACAAGAGGAGCCAACUGAGAGUACUGAAGACACUGAUGAGCACCGAUGGACCAAAAGAACACAGAAGAUGCUAAACUUCCUAAAAAAAAUGAACCAGUCUGGAAUCGCCUCAUUUAGUUUGAAUGAAAUGUGUGAGAGUAAUAAGAAGAAGCAGGCAUCAGCUAAGUUCUACAGCCUCUUGGUGCUAAAGAAUCAGAAUGCAGUCAGGAUAGCACAGGACUCUCCGUAUAGUGAUAUCAUUGUCACCCCGGGCCCCAGAUUCCACAGCCACUGACUUCUCUGCAACCAUAUGCUUCAUGGUUUCUAAUAUUCAUGUUUUUUUGUUUGUUUUUGUGGUCUGAUAUGUUUUCAGUAUUUAUUAUUUAAGUUAAUAUAUUUUGUUGACCCCUCUGCAACACCACGGAGUCGUUUUCAUGUUGUGUUUAUCAAUGUUCUUUAAAGUGUCUAAAAAGCAA